AUGCCUAUCCACCAAGAUCCUGAACAGCAGCUCUCGAAAGCUUACAAACAAGAAGAGCUUCCUCCACACCAUGUCAACGUGCGGAGACUGUCAGAAGAGACCAUAAGGACAGAAUACUGUGACGGGCCGGUACCGGAUAUCGAAAUGGACGAUGUUGCCCUACAGACACGGAGAGAAGGCAGGGUUAGCAAUAAUGGAGAAGCAGUCUGCAGUGAUAGGGCCGAGUUGAUCGAACGAAUCAAGCGAGGAGAAAGUCCCACUUGGAUUCCUAAUCAGGCGCUGCAAGAGGAGUACCUCAAGACCAAUAAUGGGGAUGUUCCAAGCCUUCGACGCCAGACUUCCGAGUGGAAAGCCCCUUCCCCUCUCCUUCCAGCCGCCGAAAUCAAGGGUAUGGCACAGAAGCAGGAUGGUACAUUGAAUGACGGAUUAAGUACACCAUUGGAAGUUCAGAGACCAAGGUCAGCUUUACACGCUGGGGACUUCACGGAGGAACAUGGAAAAGUGAAGGAAACUUCACGAGACUCGCCACGGGUUUCCAGGCGUUUUGAUGCUUUCCCAAAAGGGGCCCUAGGGACUUCACCAACGACUCCCUGGUAUGAUCCGCCUUCAUCAUUCAAGGAAUUUGAUGCGAGCUCCCAAGUCAGUCCCCGUGACCGAGACUACGCUCCCUCAGACCGAAGGCCUUGGAGGAGCCGAGCACCAUCACUUAGCUCGUACUCAUCAUCAAGCUAUGUACUCAAGGCCCCCACAACUCCAUUGGUCCAGCAAUCAAACACGACCGAUCUGGACUUCUCCCCAACGAUUCGUUCCGUUAGCCCCGAGAAAGGCAACAGGCGCCAUACAUUACCUCCCAAUACCCUUCAAGAUAUGCACUCGUCCUCUAGUGGCCAAGCUUCGACUUUUUCACAGGCAGCUCGUCAUCCUCCAUCGUAUCGAAGGGAAGGUCCUUUUCCAUAUGGCCACCAUCAGCGCAGAUCUUUGACUUCGAAUUGGUCUUUGCAAGCUUCCAGCUCCCCGCAAACGCCUGCGUACCUACGCCCAAGGCGGAUAUCAUUCUCUUCCGAGGCUUCCCCUCGGCAGCAUGCCCACAUGGUGGGAUCUUACGAGGAGUCCAUCCUUCGUGGAUGGAUGUCAACCGCUCCCUCUAAGCCUCUAGAUUUUACGGCCCAGAUUGGCGUCCUUGGUAAAAGCAAUUGCAAGCCCAAAUGUCCAGCUCAUGUGACUGUUCCUUUUCCUGCGGUGUUUUACAGCUGGAGUGCAGGCAAUGGUAGGAGCUCCGUGAACGAUGAUCCUAGCCCCUACGUGGGCCACAUCGAUCUACAGCACUCGUUAUCACCUCCAGAACCUGAAAUGGCUUCAACGCUCCAAGCAGAGGUUAAGGUUGAAUCUCAGACCAAAGUGAAGGGUGCGGAGCAUGAUACAACCGCUGCCAAACUUUCUCCGAGAAAAUCCAAGAAGAGAAGGCGUACCUCGCCUGCAUCUGCUCCGCCCAGAGGGAGCUACAGGAUACCUGAGCAGGGCCAAUUACAGAUUAUCAUCAAGAACCCCAACAAGACAGCGGUGAAGCUUUUUUUGAUCCCGUAUGACUUAUCUGGGAUGGAAUCAGGCACCAAAACGUUCGUGCGACAGCGUUCCUACUCGGCCGAUCCAGUCAUCGAUAGCCCCCUGGCCUCAAAACCUGAACCGGACGCAGCGUUUAUAUCCGGCAAACCAACUCUGCGCUAUCUGAUCCAUUUGAACAUCUGCAGCCCUUCAAAAGGACGAUUCUACCUUUACCAGCAGAUCAGGGUUGUCUUCGCGAACCGCGUGCCAGACAACAAAGAGCAGUUGCGAAACGAGAUCCAGGUACCCCAGCCAAGAUUCAGCGCUUAUAAACCAAGUAGAGACCCGUUGUUUGGUGCCAGCUUGAGCGCAGGUGCGAAGCUAACGGCAGAAAAGGCAUCUAGAAGACGGAGCUCCGGGUUCGGGUUUGAUAGCGACGAGGCUGAUGGUCAUGCUACGCAGACUUUUACAGGCGGAUCAACGUUCCCCUUCAUUACUGGCCCCCCCGUUCCUCCUAUUCCUGCAAUACCGUUCAAUAUCGCAGUGUCACGGCAAAGGCCUACCAAGGGCCAGGGGAGCAGCAACAGUGAAGCCAUGGACCUGGAUACUUCGAGGCCCACCACCGCGUCAGACAUGCAAUCGCCGUUGAGCGACAAGACUACCAUUUACUUGAAUGGCGUGCAGCCAUCAAGCUCAUAUAAGAGCAAUUCCUCCAGCAAUGGUAGCGACGGCUACAACAAGCUGAACAAAGGAGAGUCUGGCUACGGCGGCGUCUUUGGGAGGCCUGGUACUCCGGAGCCCGGCGAAGGCUUAUUGGCAAGAAGACUGAAAGGGUUAGGUGUCCAGCGAGAUUCGAGACAGGUAGAGGAGGAGAUGUGA